UCUCUCAAUCGGCCAUUCUCUCGAUAAAACGAAAGAGCAACUUAAGAAAUUAGAAAAUAUCUUUUGUGAUUUGGUUAAACGAAAUAGAAGAUUAGAAAAUUAGAAAAUAGCAACUUAAGAAAUUCUCUCGAGAAAACGAAAGGAAACUCGCUGGUGGAUCGAGCGAAAAUAUCUUUUGUGAUUUGGUUAAACGGGGAAGGAGAUGAAGAGCUGUGAGCUCUGCAAGUUGGCGGCGACGACAUAUUGUGAAUCGGAUCAAGCCAGUUUGUGCUGGGAUUGCGACGCUGUAGUCCACGGAGCCAACUUCCUCGUGGCGAGGCACGUAAGGCUUCUCCUCUGUCACGCUUGCCAGUCUCUCACUCCAUGGAGAGCCACUGGUUCCAGGCUCGGUCACACGGUCUCCGUCUGCGAGAGGUGCGUCAACGACGGCGAUCGAGAAGAGAGCGAAGCAGAGAAUGACUAUGACGGCGUUCGCAACGACGACGAUGAAGGAGAUGAUGGUGAAGGAGAUGAUUCCGAUGAUGACGUGUCUGUUGAAGAUGACGUUGAGGACGGCGAUAAUCAGGUGGUGCCGUUGUCGACAGUAGAAAAUACACCUCCGCCGGUGUCCAGUUCUUCUAGUAGCGGAGAUGAUUCCGGUGGUGAAAGAGAAGUAUCCAAAUCAAAAAAAUUGUUUUCGUUGAAAAGGUCGAGAGAAAAUGCUCCAGAUCUUCACUCUAAGGACGAUCCAGAUUGUUUAUCUCCUAAACGGAGGUACGGCUUGCAGAAAAGAGGAUGAAGCCGUUCCGGUUGACUCCAGGUUAUCGAAAUAACAACAGAUCAAACCGGAUGGAACGGUGCAGUUUCAGUCAGAGAGGCACGAUUGAGUAGUCAUUAGGAGAAAAAGGCUUAGUAUGUGAGAAAAUCCAGUUUAAAAAAUCUUAAAAUUUGUUAGAAAUUGUAACAUCUUUGCCAUUCGAUUUUAGUUGAUUUUGGCCUGCUCUUUCUGAUUCUCUAACCUAUUCUAACAAUAGUCAUUGAUAGGAAUGUUGACACCAUGUGUAGGCCUGUAGUGUGGGUUUAUUUGUACUAAUAAUCCAAGAAUUUUAAGAGUGCUAAUUACUUCAACAAAGUGUUAUACUCUCCUUCUGAUAUUUCAACA